UGAAAUCCCCAAAAAAUUAAAACCCCGCCUCUUACGUCUCCUCUUUCUCCUUCUCCUUCUCCUUCAUGUGUUCUCCUCCUUCUCCUUCGUGUGCUUUCCCUUUUGUUUAACUUGAAUUUCACCAUAUACUUUAUCCUCUCCACCAGCCGACAACCUUCUCUCUCUCCUUCACCUUUUCUCUGUGAACCCUGAUCCGCCUCCACCACUACUGAAUACAUUUUGUUUAUCCUUAAGAAAUAACGCAACCAAGCUCAUAUCUCAGAUCAAGUACUCCUGCGUAGAGUUAACCCUGACACGCCAGAUGCAGCUCGAUACUCUCUCAGAGCUCUCUGCGACGGCCUCGAACUCACUGGAAAAUUCCUCGUCUCCAUUUGUUGGAACGUCUACAAGAACCUUGAAAUCUUUUUGGCAAUGGGAUUUUUGCUGUGGAUGGAGUUAAGUGGCGCCGCCAACGGAAGCUUGCAAGCUUUCACUUCUCAACAAUAGUUUUACAAGACUUUAGUACUGUAAGCUUCAAGUCAAACGGUGCUAAACUAGCCAAAGAGAUUUCCUUACUAGCAGCUGCUUAGGUAACCAUGGAUUUGCAGGUAAAGUAUUAACUUAAAACUGAUGAAUUAGUUGUAGCUUUGUUUCAAUUAUUUUCUUUUGUUGUUUUUAUGCAUGAUCUAUUGAUGAGAUCGACGUUAGAUUCGAUGUUUAAGGUGGGGUUUGGGUUUGAUCUUGAUACUCUAUCAGCUUCAAAUGAGGCAAGCAAUCGGUUUAUCGAAGCGUUUGAUGAAUCAAAUGGUUUAGUAUAUGGGCAAUUUGUUGAUCUUCUAUGGAAGGUGAAAAGGUAUCUUAAUAUUGGUUUGGAAGCUGCUCUCAAAGAAAAAAUCAAAAUUAUCGAUAACUUCAUAUAUGAAUUGAUACAAAACAAGAGGAAACAAUUGAAAAAUGAAUAGAGAUUUACUAGGAAUGUCCUUCUCAAUGACGACAUAUUGUCAAUCGUGAUUCCGUAACCUAAUCUUCUAUUGGGCGAGUUCUUUAAUUUUUAUACAUUCUUUAAUUCAAUUGUGAUUCCCAAACCUAAUGAGCCAUUUGUUUCAGAACUUCUUACAACUCUUCCAACAACCAUUGUUGACCUUGAGCCUCACCAGAUACAUACGUCUUAUGAAUAUGUUGGUCAUAUGAUUCAAGCAGAAUCUGAGGAAACAGAGCGUGAUGAGUAUCUACAGAGGUUGAUGGAUCUUCCCAAUCAGCAAUAGGUGGAAAUUAUAGGAUAUGCACACGGAAAUAUGGAUUUAUUGAAAGAUCAAGUUGUCAUUAGGAUUGUGCUUAACAUAUUGACGACAAAUACAAGUGUUGCCAUUGGACUUGGAACAAAUUAGAAAGUAAUUUGUGCCCCUGAUGAUGGAUCAUGUGCAAGAAACUAACCUGAUGCUAGAGAAUCUAAAGGGUUGAAUUUUGUAUGCCCCACAACUUGUUUCAGGAAAUAGAAGAACCUGUUACACAUAUUCAGUUGUGUUGUAGAUUGAAGUCACUUUUACUGAAGAAAUGAUUGUUGAGAUACGGGGAUAUAAUAGAGGCUCAUGCUCAAAAGAGAUUUUUCGGAUCUUUCUUGGGUUGGAAAUAUUACAUGACUUAUAAAUGGUGAUAUUGAAGUUACUUGGGCUGAUAGAAUGGUUUCAAUGGUGGGUCUACAAGCAAUAUAUGUAGUAGGGCGUGAUGAUGAUGAUGACUCAGCUAGCAAGAUGGGAAAUAAUGGAGGGUGAAGAUAAUGAAAUGGAAAAUCUUCAAAAGGCACUAGAGGAUCUUCGGAUGCAAAAUGGACCAGAGAUGAGUGUUGAUACAGAUGAACAAACAACUGAAAGCAUUCAAACAAAUGUUUUAGGUGUGGGACCCUUGUGAGUGGCGACAACAGUGACAGUGUUCUGUUUUGGGAUAGUUCACAUGGUACUCUGUUGCAAGAACUUUCUUGCCAUGAAUGCUUUGGCAACUAGUUCUACCCAUACCAAGGAUAUAUUAUAAAAUUAAGGUAUUUGGUGACAAAUAUUGUUCUCCCUGGGCUUGGUGCUCUUAGAGGAUUUCAUCUUGUGAAAGAUAGUGAAACUGGAAACUCAAAAGGAUAAGCGUUCUGUGUUUAUCAGGACUUAACUGUUACAUACAUUGCUUGUGCAACUCUUAAUGGGAUCAAAAUGGGUGACAAGACACUUACUGUUAGACGUGCUAACCAAGGUCAAACUCAACCCAAGCCUGAACAGGAGAGCAUGGUUCUACAUCCACAACAACAAAUUGCAUUGCAGAGGAUGAUGUUGCAACCACCUCCCUCCAUUGGGACAACUGCCACUAAAGUUCUAUUUUUAACACAAGUGGUGACUAAAGAUGAACUUAAAGAUGAUGAAGAUUAUCAAGAUAUAUUGCAAGACAUGAAAAUAGAAUGUGGAAAAUUCGGUAGUCUAGUGAAUGUUGUAAUUCCACGCCCUAACCCUACUGGAGAACCAGCACCAGGUGUUGGCAAGGUGUUUUUGGAGUAUGCUGAUGUGGAAUUAGAUUCCUUGUCGCCCUGGGCUUGGUGGAGCAAUUGUGCCAAGAUCAUGUAGCACAUAUGGGUGAAACCCCAUGCCCUGUUGACCCAUGGAUUGUAGUCUUGAAACUUCAAGAAAACCCUGAGAUAAAAAGGCUUGACAUUUAAUGAUUUCUUACAAUGAUUCACUACUGAAGUUUCUAACUUUUUGGCCUGUUUUUAAAUCUUAGGAUGUCUCAACUGGUGAGGCUACCAAGGAACAUGCUUUUAUUUGUAGACAGACAACUUGUACAAACUAUUGUACCUGCUACAAGAUUGACUAUAAUGGGAAUUUACAACAUAUUUCAAGCUUCAAAGACAUCCACAUCGUAUGCUAUAUAUGGGGAUUUAACGCUGAAAAAGAUAGUUGCUACAAGACCAUCUACUAAAGCAAGGUUGGUGUAAGAGUUGAUGACGAGAACAUUGUUCCAAGACCUUCAGUGAGUUAUGAUGAUGUCCCUUAAUAGCAAUGUAGUAUUAGGUUAUAUAGUUAGGGAUGAUUAUUUGUAUUUGACAUGUUAGUGCAAUGAAUUAUCUUUCUUAUUUA